UUAUUUUUAAUUGAUACAUUAUUCAAAUGGAUACAAUGACGAAGAUGCCUGCGAUUCACUGAAAAGAGGCGAACCGAGAAGAACCUACUUCCUCAUUGAAGAAAGAUUUUUCCAUUCAGCACGCCCAUGGUUGAUGGAUACAAACAUGGACUACGAAAGACCAAACGUAGAAACCAUCAAGUGUGUGGUCGUGGGCGACAACGCAGUAGGGAAGACCAGGCUUAUCUGUGCAAGAGCAUGUAAUGCCACUCUGACACAAUACCAACUAUUGGCCACUCAUGUACCAACAGUCUGGGCCAUUGACCAGUACCGUGUGUGCCAAGAGGUUCUGGAACGUUCACGCGAUGUGGUUGAUGACGUCAGUGUUUCAUUGCGGCUCUGGGAUACGUUUGGUGAUCAUCACAAGGACAGGCGCUUUGCCUAUGGCAGAUCUGAUGUGGUCGUGCUUUGUUUCUCCAUUGCAAACCCCAACUCUUUGCAUCACGUUAAGACCAUGUGGUACCAGGAGAUUAAACACUUCUGUCCACGUGCCCCUGUCAUUUUGGUUGGCUGCCAGUUGGACUUGCGAUACACUGACUUGGAAGCUGUUAAUCGUGCACGGAGGCCUCUUGCAAGGCCAAUACGACACAAUGAGAUUUUACCUCCAGAAAAGGGUCGUGAGGUAGCCAAAGAAUUGGGAAUCCCCUAUUAUGAAACCAGCGUGGUGGCCCAAUUUGGCAUUAAGGAUGUCUUCGAUAAUGCCAUCAGAGCCGCCUUAAUUUCCAGGCGGCAUCUCCAGUUCUGGAAGUCACAUCUGAGGAAUGUUCAAAAGCCUUUACUCCAGGCUCCAUUCCUACCUCCAAAGCCACCUCCCCCCCUCAUCACUGUCCCAGAUCCCCCCAAAACCAAUGAAGAGCAUCCCGCUCACCUGUUGGCCAAUCCUCUUUGUGCAGACGUCAUCCUGGUGCUUCAGGACAAGGUUAAAAUCUACGCUCACAAGAUUUAUUUGUCUACCUCCUCCUCUAAAUUUUAUGACUUGUUUCUAAUGGACCUCAGUGAAGAACCAGAGUCUGGUAGUGAAAGAGCAAUGAGCCACAAUGACAGGCAGGGCAGGGAAUACUUAAUGAGAGCUGCCAGUUUUGAUGUCAGUGAAAGCACAGAUGAAGUUCCAACCACCCAACCAUUAUCCAAUCUUCGAGCCUCUACCAGCGAUGGUAUCUUGAAACUCAAUGCCUAUGAUCAGAGUGCAAGAGCAAAAUCAUGGUUCAAAAGAAGAAAGAUUUUGUCAUCAUGGAGCAGAGCUUUCAUCAGCAUCCAGGAAGAGAUGGCAGAAGAUCCCAUCACGUUGAACAGUCGGCUAAUGACUGUUGUCAGAAUGGACUACUCUGUUCAUCCUGAUGCAUUCAGCGCCGUCAUGCAUUACUUGUACACUGGCCAGCUGGAUGAGAAUGAGAAGGAGCUGAUGCAGAUAGCCCACAUUGCAGAGCUGCUGGAGGUUUUCGACUUGCGUAUGAUGGUCGCCAAUAUUUUAAACAAUGAGGCCUUCAUGAACCAAGAGAUUACCAAAGCGUUCCAUGUGAGGCGGGCCAACCGUGUCAAAGAAUGCCUUGCCAAAGGGACCUUCUCAGAUGUGGUUUUUAAGCUAGAUGAUGGGACGAUCUGUGCACAUAAGCCCUUGCUGAUUUCCAGCUGCGACUGGAUGGCUGCAAUGUUCGGAGGUCCGUUUAUGGAAAGUUCGACUAAGGAGGUGUACUUUCCAAACACAUACAAGAGCUGCAUGCAAGCUGUGCUGGAAUACCUGUACACGGGACAGUUCUGUUCUAGCCCAGACCUGGAUGCCAUGGAACUCAUUGUGCUGGCAAAUCGCCUCUGUCUACCUCACCUGGUAGCAUUAACAGAGCAGUACACAGUAAUUGGCCUGAUUGAAGCAACACACCAGGGUGUAGACAUAGAUGGAGAUGUUCUCCUGUUCCUGGAAAUGGCUCAGUUCCACUGUGCCCAUCAACUCGCUGAAUGGUGCCUGCAUCACAUCUGUACAAACUACAACAACGUAUGUCGCAAGUUUCCCAGAGAAAUGAAGGCAAAGUCUCCUGAAAACCAGGACUACUUUGAAAAGCAUCGCUGGCCUCCUGUCUGGUUCCUAAAAGAGGAUGAUCACUACCAGCGAGCUAGGAAGGAACGUGAUAAAGAGGAUUACUUGUGCCAGAAACGCCAGCUCAAGCGCAAGUGGUUUUUCUGGAAUUCAAGUUCACCUUCCACAGCCUCGUCCUCCUCCACUGUUGUUUGAAACUAUGGCUUGGAUUGAUGGAUCCCUUCUUUCUUUGGAAAAAAAAACUGUCGGUUCUUCCAGCGCACGGUGGUUUGAAGGCCUUAGUUUCCAAUUGGCCAAGCCUUCAGUGGAUUUUAAUUACCAGGGGGCCAGACUGGUGCGAAGUGGCUAGACCAUGGCAGCCAAAGCACCCGCAUUAUUUAUGACCGUAAGUUCCUCAUGGAAUGCCGCAACUCUCCAGUUGCCAGGACUCCUCCACGUGAUCUUCCAAACAUUCCGGGUGUCA